AUGGCAGGGGUUACAGGAGCAGACCGUUGCGGUAAACAUCUGGAUGCCUUACAUUAUACUGCAGGCUUCGAAGAGGGAAAGGGUUGGGAGAUGAUUAAGAUACAUACCAAUCUGGGAGGAAUGUAUAUUAAUGCCGUGCCCGCAUGUAAAGGGGAUAAUGAGCAGAAACAAUUUCAUUUGUACCAGCCCGCGCAAGCGGCCGAGUACGCGUUCUUGUUUAUUCGCUUGACAGACACAUACCUCGUACCAUUAGAUAAACAGUCACCUCAUCUUCGACAGGUUGCGCGUCUAAAACGGCCGGCGGGAACGGCGGACCGAUGGGAGUACGCUUCACAUCGGGGCAUUCGCGAACCUAGAGAUGCGUCGGGGACACUGGGGGUCCCCUAG